CCCCAGUCUAAGUUUCAGUUGGUAUGUGAUAUUGGAGGAAUCCCAUGUCAAUUCGAAACCAACCUUAACUAUUUCUAGAGUAUUCGUCAACCAAUAGGUAAAGGAUUUUUGAUGCUCAUGAAAGGGUAUCUUAUCCGUUAUUUUCUUUCAAAGGUCGAUUUCUUGCCACGAAUUUGGUUCCUCGAAGCCGUGUCUAUCAGAGGAAUGCUUCACAGAUCUGAUUUUUCUUCAUUGAACAAUCUUUGUAGGUGUCAUUGGUUACUUUUUAAUUGUUUUGCAUGUUAAGAGUUAAAAAGGAAAAUCUUCGUGUCAAGGUAUAUUCCUGCAAUUCACCAAUUUUUAAAUCUGUGCAUGAUGCAUAAUUUAGUGUUGGAGCUUAUAUUUUCCGUCAUGCAUGAUAAGCAUAAGGCCAUUUGGCCUCGGGCUUUGGUCGUUACUAGCCGUUUCAAUGAGGCUCCUUUUGAGGAUAAACACAGUCUUAAUAUUGAUGAGACUUGUCCAAGCUCAAUUGUUUGAAGAUCCUUGGGACCAAUUGGACCAAUGCUCAUGCUCAAAUGAAGAUGCUGAUGUUCCUGUGGGGUUUCUAUCCCUAGUCGGUGGAGCCCUAAAGGUUCCAAGGGACUACAACAAGAAUGUGCAACCUCCAGGGAAGCCAACUAUUGUCGAUAUUGGCUUUAUCGUCAAUGACGUCCUAGAAAUUGACGAUGAUGCUUAUUCCGUCACAUUAAAGAUGGAAAUGCCCAUGUAUUGGAACGACUCGCGUAUUCAAUUCAAUACCACUUUGUUGGAUCAGGUCUCCCCCAACCGAUGGCUCUACAUUGACCCGAAUUGGAAGGAUGAUCUUUGGUUCCCAUCGUUAGUGGUUCAAAAUAUGCAGGAGUUCAAAACAAUUACAUCCAUCAAAUCCAACGAGAAACUCAUGAUCACCGAAAUCCCUGACAAAAGAUUUCACUACGUAGCGAUGCACCUGAUCAAGUUCACUUGCGGUUUGAAAUUCGACUUUUUCCCAUUUGACAUUCAUCUUUGCUCUAUGAAGGUUCAUUUGGAUAGUCCAGUUGAAGAACUUAGUUUGGAUUUCUUUCAUGGUUCUCACUUGAAAUGGGGUUGGGCCAAUACAACGACUAUUUUGGAUUAUGGGAUCGACUUUGAACCUUUAUCGAUAGAAGCGCUUCUGGAAACCAACACUAUGUUCAAUGGCAUUACUUAUCAGAAAUCCAUUUCUGGUUUCGUCGUCAAGCUCUCUCGCAAAGUCAGCGUCUACCUAUUCAACUACUUCAUUCCCUCUGGUUUGUUCGUGGUAGUCAGUUGGGUUAGCUUGAUCAUUCCCCCCGAUGCUGUUCCAGGAAGAGUUGCUUUAAUCAUAACGACCUUCCUUGUCUUGGUAAAUAUCGCUAACACUGUUUUCUCGAGCUCGCCGACGGCAGACACCAUAAAUCCCAUUCAGGUCUGGAUUUUGGCAUGCAUUGUAUUUGUUUUCAUGACUGUGUUGGAAUACGCGUACAUUCUCUUCAUGAUGAGACGAGUCAAGAGGCACAUUCUCAUGGCCAAUAACUUGAAAAAGAACAAACCCAGGAAGUCAUCCAAAGUCUACACAACAGAAGAGACUCCCAAGAUUUCCACCCUGAGUUCGGCUCGGACUCAUUCGUUGACCAGCCCUAUUCCUGAGCACGAUUAUGUUGAUUGUGGAACGGUCAAAGAGUUUCUCACGGAUGGUGCAAAGAACAAUCGCAUGAGCAACAUCAGAAGGAGAUUGGAGGUGAUCAGAAACAGAUUCUUGGAUUGGAGAUCGAAAGUCAGGUCUGCGUUAAGCCCAAUACUCGAUGAUCUGUUGGAUAACUUUCAACCGGAUGAUACGAAUCUGCAAUUGCUUAUGGCUAAUACGGACUUUGUCUUCUUCUGGAUUAUGAUCAUGUCCUUUAUGAUAUUUAAUAUCAUAUAUUGGACUUACUAUACCUUGUAGAUUAAAGUUGAUGUUAUUUGUAGCCCAAUAUGUAACAGCACAGUUUUGAAAUUUAGGCUCAGCAAUGUACUUGAAUUAUAAAAUAAACCAUCGGAGUAUGAAGUUCAU